UCUGUGCUUUCGGUGUUCUUUUGGUGCUGUCUUUUUGGUCCCCACGUGGGCAGCACCGUGAUGGCUGCUCUAGUUGUGUCGGAGUCGGCUGAGCCCGGCAGCCGAAACAACCGUGGCAGAGGUCAGACCUCUCGAGGGCGCUUGGCCAAUCAGAUGCCCCCUGAGAUCCUGAACAACCCCCAGCUACAGACAGCCAUUCAAGUCCUACCUUCCAACUAUAAUUUUGAGAUCCCCAAGACCAUCUGGAGGAUUCAACAAGCCCAGGCCAAGAAGGUGGCCUUACAAAUGCCUGAAGGCCUCCUCCUCUUUGCCUGCACCAUUGUGGAUAUCUUGGAAAGGUUCACAGAGGCCGAAGUGAUGGUGAUGGGUGAUGUGACCUAUGGGGCUUGCUGUGUGGAUGACUUCACUGCACGGGCCCUGGGAGCUGACUUCUUGGUGCACUAUGGCCACAGCUGCCUGGUUCCCAUGGAUACCUCGGUCCAAGACUUCCGGGUGCUGUAUGUCUUUGUGGACAUCCAGAUAGACACUACGCACUUCCUGGACUCUAUCCGCCUCACCUUUCCCCCAGCCAGUGCCCUUGCACUGGUCAGCACCAUUCAGUUUGUGUCAACUUUGCAGUCAGCUGCCCAGGAAUUGAAAGCUGAAUACCGCAUGACCGUCCCACAGUGCAAACCCCUGUCCCCUGGGGAGAUUUUGGGCUGUACAUCCCCCCGACUGCCAAAGGAGGUAGAAGCCAUUGUGUAUCUUGGAGAUGGCCGCUUCCAUCUGGAGUCUGUCAUGAUUGCCAACCCCAAUGUCCCUGCUUACCGGUACGACCCAUACAGCAAAGUCCUAUCCAGAGAGUACUAUGACCACCAGUGCAUGCAGACCACUCGACAGGAAGCCAUAGCCACUGCCCGCUUGGCCAAAUCCUGGGGCCUUAUUCUGGGCACUUUGGGCCGCCAGGGCAGUCCCAAGAUCUUGGAGCACCUGGAAUCUCAACUCCGAACCUUGGGACUUCCUUUUGUGAGGCUGCUACUGUCUGAGAUCUUCCCCAGCAAGCUCAACCUACUUCCUGAGGUAGAUGUGUGGGUGCAGGUGGCAUGUCCACGCCUCUCCAUUGACUGGGGUACAGCCUUCCCUAAACCACUGCUGACACCCUAUGAGGCAGCCGUGGCCCUCGGGGACAUUUCCUGGCAGCAGCCCUACCCCAUGGACUUCUACGCUGGCAACUCCUUGGGGCCUUGGACCGUGAACCACAGGCAAGACCUAACUUCGAAAGGCCCCAGCCUCUCAGCUUUGGGGAAGGUGCAGGAGAGGUCCAUGCGCCCCUCUCCAGCCUCGGCUUGCAAGGGGUGCAGCUGCAGAGACGAGAAGGUGGCGCCCCUGGCUCCUUGAGACGCUCCUGGUUCCCAGGUCCAUGCCCUCCUGAGGAGCAGCCUCGAGGCUGGUGGUUUUCUGAAGAGGAGGCAGACGUUUUCUCCGCACUGGAAGAGCCCAGGGUGUGCAGAGGUCUGGAGGAAGCUCUGGAAACGGUGGCACAGGCACUGAACA